GAAGCAAAUUUGGUUAACCAGCUCACAAGACAUAAGAAUAUCUUGUGAAUCACUGCUAAAGGACUUGGAGUGCAUAAAGCUAUAGGAUAUUGGCUACAGAGAUACAUUGAGCAGACUGAACCAAGAGAUGACAAUACUAAACCAUAUCUCAUAUUUCUAGUUCAUUUCUAUGAAGAUGAAAUCCUUGACCUUGCUGAAUUUGGAGAUCUUAGCAUCAAAAAGUACCUGAAGGUCAGAACAAAAUACGAGGUAUGCAGUAUCUCAAAGGAGGAUUAUUUGCAGUAACUCCUACUAUUUUAAUCCUUGAUCUACUUGUUAGAAGAAUUCCCUCAUCCAUUAUCACUGGGGUGAUCAUGCUGCAUGCUAGCAAGGUAAUUCCAAUGGGACCUGAGAAUUUCCUAUUCAAAAUAAUCCGUAAAGAAAAUCCCACUGCAUUUAUUAAAGUUUUAAGCGACUCUGCUUCUCAUUUGAUAGGAAUGAAAGACAAGUGCAGGGAGAUCAUGAAGAUAUGAUUUGUUGAUCAACUCUCAAUACUAGCCAGAGAAAGUCCUGACGUUGCAAUAUCUCUCCAAGCAGAUAUCAAAUAUCAGAUUUAUGAGUACGAGAUUAGUAUGAACAAAAGGAUGAGGAUAAUACAUCACAACUUAGUCGCCUUGAUAGAAACCUGCUUAGCAGUCCUCAAAGUCGAAAUGCAGCGGUUUAGAUUUAAUGAUAAGCUCUUUAGUCUUUCAAAAGCUUUUGAAGAGAAAUAUGAGCGAAGCAUUCACCAUGAAAUUGGGAAGUACAUUAACAUGCUUGGCCCAAAAUCAAAGCAAAUGAUUAUUGACAUUGGUGACUUAAAGGCUCUUCUGUAUAGAUUGAAUAACUCCUGAGGUGUAUCCUUCUUAACCUUGUGGAUGGAGAAGAGAACCCAAAAUAAGGAAGACACAAUCUUAAAGUACCAAAAUCACGAAGUACUCGAGAAAAUCACUGAAAUCGAUGUAUUAGCUAAAGAAAGAGUCUUCACAAUCUGACGAAAAGCAAUUGACCAUGAUGAAAUUAUGGAGUGACUUAGUGAUGAAGAUUUGAAUGAUGAAGUUGAAAUAAUCGCUGCACCAACAAAAAAGGAGAAGAUUAAAGUCCAACUUAGAAAUACUGACGAAGAGAGUACAGAACUGGUAGAUCCUCUUGAGCCAUGGUCUCUUGAGUCUAUUGAGAAGUUUAAUAAGGAAUCUAAUGGAUAUUGGCAGUACUACAAAAAGUCAUUCUUAAGAGUAAAUUAUUUCUUAAAAGAACUUGAAGAAGAUUUUACUGUAAAUAUCACAGGCGAGUAUACUCCAAAAUGGCAAACAGUUGUCAAGAUACUUCAGAAAAUUAACAAGCAAGCUGAAGCCGAGUACCGGGAAAUUUUUGACGAUUCUAAGCAGAAAAAUGUGUAUCGGCCUGGCAAGAAACCUUCUGAGAAAAUAUUCCAUAAGCGAAGAAUCAUGAUUGUUGUCAAAACUGAGAAAUUUAAGAGAGAUUUAGAAAGAUACCUAGCUUCAUACUUCCUUAAGAAAGAUCAAGGCAAAUCAGUUUUAGAGCUGAACUUCAAGAACCUUCUGAAUGGGGCAAAAGAUAAGAGGGAGGAGUUCUUAACCAUACCGAACCAAGCUGAUCGGAAGGUAAAGUUAGAAAACUAUUUGCUUCAUAAAUGUUGGAUUCUGUUGACUCAAAAAUUCAAUUGAUACUUCUCUAAUCUUAGUGAGAAGGUCUUCAGAUGGCGUAGAAGGAGAGAAAAAGAACUUGAUGAAGAAACCAUGACCAUGGAUAAGGAAGAAUGCAAGGCAGCUAUGGAAGAGUUUAGAGCAAUUUGUGCAGGCUCAAAGAAUCCAAAAGCUAUGACUGAUGUUGCUAUUACUGCUAUAGACCAGAAAUCCUUCAGAUACGAUAGAUUGUUUCCAAAGCUAAUCAUUGAGGUUGCUUUCAACAUGAGGCACACUGAAUUUGACUUAUUUGCUACAAACUUCAAGCCGCAUGACAUAAUCCUCUUUGAGCCAUCACUAGAACUUCUUCGAGGAGCAGAGGCUUAUAGCAGUAGACAUUUUGAUAAAAAGACCAGGAUCCCUAUAAGCAUUCAUCAAUUGUUCUUAAAAGAUAGUUCCGAGAAGUUUGUCUUCCUGAACGAGACUCAGAAAGAGAAUCGGUCUCUAAAAGAGCUCCUCUUGCUAUCCAAAUCCAAGAAGGGGUUUCCUAGCCCAGAUCCAUUCGAAGAGGAUAAGAAGAUUAUUAAGGAAAUUCAGAGAAACAACAGGAAGAGAUACGGAAUUUCAGAGAUUAAAUACCCGAAGGAAGACUCUAUCGAAACCUGGUACUCAAGGAAGCAGAUUUUAGGAGUCGACAUGAGGGAGUUUUGGAGCCAGAACCCACAUUAUUUGUAUCUAGCAGGGUUCCUAGUCAUUCCUAUGCAACUACAGGUUGGAGAUUACAUCUUGUCUAACGAAAUUGCAAUUGAAAGGAAGUCUGUAUCCACUGGGGAUUUUGAAAGCUCUCUAUGUCAUGGCAGACGGUUGUUAGAUCAGAUCAAGAACAUGGAUAGAUUCUUUAAAACUCCAAUUCUAAUGAUAGAAUUUGAUGAGUCAAUCCCCUUCACACUGAGAGAAAGAGAUUUAGAGUCUAUACAAGAGAAUGACAUAGCGCCUUCUUCAAUUAUGGUAAAAUUGGCAAUUCUUACACUCAGUUUUCCUAGAAUGCUACUUCUCUGGUCUCAAGAUUCAAGACACACAACUGAAAUUUUCUUGAAUAUUAAGAAGACUUGAGGAGACCCAGAUCUUGACAGGCUCUCAAAAGUAGGAAAGAUGAAGAAAGGACAAGGGAUCAACGAAGAAGAUGACACUCUUGAUAUUAUCUCCAGUAAGAAAAGCCAUGAUGAUGGGAAGUCCAUGCCAUAUGAACUUUUAUCCACACUUCCAGGAAUAUACUUUGACAAUGUGAAUAAGAUAGCUUCCAAAGUUGAGUCCUUGGAAGAUUUGUGCUACAGAACUAAAGAUGAAAUUGCUGACUGGAUUGGAGACCGUAAUGCUGAACGGCUCCAUUCUUUCCUCCAUAUGAACUUCAAUGAGCUCAAUGAAGAUCUAACUUAAUUUGUGAACUUUCAAUAAAACCUCA